ACCCUCGUGCACGCCUACCACUAUUGCUUAUUCCAAGCAUCUUCAUCGUAUUCUUCCUAGGACCGAUGCGCGCAGCGGCGUGCUGGCCAGCAGAAUGGUGCGCAUCCUGGAUCUUGACGACGAGUGCGACAACGACACUCAGCCUCCAUUACCCCAGCACGCCGUAGUCGUAACGGUCGGUGACGACAGCAGACACAACCCCAACUUGAACACCUUCACCUCGGCGUUGUCCUGCUAUCCUAUUGUGGCCUCAUUGGCGAGCUAUAUCGAUCUCACAACUCUGAGUGAUCUUGCUCGAACAUGUCGCCAAGUCCGUGCGAAUCUCCUGCAGUAUCGUACCAUGCUCAUACACAAGACCUUGCGAUGCCACAAUGAGAGUACAGAUCCUGGGCAGCGACUGGGCGAUGCUCUCAAAGCCAGCCGUGAUGCAUGGACUGCAUACGGCAGACAUGGCGUCAAGAUUGACCGUAUCACGUCUGGUCGUGUCGGUGCUUGUGCCAGAGACAUGGUCAAUGAAUGCCGAAACUGCGGCAAAUUCAUGUGCAGAAACUGUGUGAUCAAAGCCCCGCCAACUAAUGCGGUGAAAUUGCGCCAUCGCAGAUUGUGUCGAACUUGCAUGAAAGCGCCGUUGGAUGCAUUGACAACUGUCACGCAGGCAUUCGAUGAGGAUGGCAAUCGUGUUGACUCCGAGGAUAUUUCCGUACACGAAAUUCGGAGCUACGCACGCGAUCCUUGUAGCUGUUCCGAUGUUGUCUGGAUUUGCCACCCCUGCGGCUACGCCAUCCGCACGACUGAUACGACCUACGAUCGUGGCUGGAAAUGGCGAGGCAGAUACUCGCACUGCGGCGGCAUCGGCGCUGGCCUUGGCGAAGGCAACGAAGGCGUCGAAUGCGGCAGAACGCAAGAUUGCUUGGCCGCAAGAAUGGUCCAAAAAGAUGUCGAAUGCGAUGCUGAGGAGCUCGCAGCCCUGGAACUCGAAACGGCCAAGGCAGUGUCUGAGGGCCGUCAUUGGAAUGGCAGUAGCUACAGCACUCAGGAAAUGGUCGGGAUCGGCGGCAAAGUCAAGACUAAGCUGAGGAAGAUGGUUCCAGUCGGUGCCAUUGUCAAGGAGUAUGAGGAUGAACGCAUCACCGAGCGAUACCUGGAGCGAGAGCACAACGGGUCGAAUCGAAGCUGGUGCUCCUGGUGCUCGCGCGUAGUUGCCGGCAAGAAGGAUCUGGACACUGCGACGCGAUCCACAGCAAGCGUCUCAUCUGCCAGCUCCAGUGAUUCCGUGUGAGGGUUGCCAUACCAGACGACUCUUACCUCUAGAGCUACAUCAUGAUCUGAAAUCCUGAGUGCACCAAAGGGGCC